UCAAAGAGUGUGCUGCUGUGUGCCGCUCAGCUCAUCGUUUGUAACGAGUAGCAGCCGCCUUUUGAUGCGCAUAUACCCGCGCCUCUCUCUACACAUAUACCUCUACCAAUUAACCUUUCUCCAAUACAAUUUUGCCUCAAAUCAAUGGCCGCCGCGAUUGAUGGCCCCACCAAUCCCAUGGUCACACCUCUCCUCACUGAUCUCUACCAGUUCACCAUGGCCUAUGCCUACUGGAAAUCCGCCAAACACAACGACCGCGCUGUGUUUGACUUGUACUUUCGGAAGAACCCCUUUGGUGGGGAAUACACAGUUUUUGCUGGCCUAGAAGAAUGUAUAAAGUUAAUUGCUAACUUUAGAUUCACAGAGGAUGAGAUUUCUUUCAUACAGGCCUCUUUACCCUCAUCCUGCGAGGUUGGCUUCUAUGACUACCUUCGGCAAAUUGAUUGUUCUGAUGUGGAGAUACAUGCGAUCUCUGAGGGAUCUGUUGUGUUUCCAAAGAUUCCAUUGAUGAGGAUUGAAGGCCCAGUAGCUGUGGUUCAAUUGCUUGAAACACCACUUGUCAAUCUUAUUAACUAUGCAUCAUUGGUUGCUACUAAUGCGGCAAGGCAUCGUUUUGUUGCUGGAAAAUCCAAACUUCUUUUAGAAUUUGGGCUGCGGCGGGCCCAGGGACCUGAUGGGGGUAUUGGGGCAUCAAAGUAUUGUUACAUGGGUGGAUUCGAUGCUACCAGCAAUGUUGCUGCUGGAAAAUUAUUUGGAAUACCACUCCGUGGAACUCAUUCCCACGCCUUUGUCAGCUCAUUUAUGAGUUCUGAUGAGAUCACUGAGAAGUCACUCAAGAAUUCUGAUGGUUCAAAUGUUUGUGAGGACUUUGUCAGUUUGGUGCAGGCAUGGUUAAUCAAAUUAGAGCGCUCGCAGUUAUUAGGUGGGAUUUUUGGUGAAACUAAUCAAAGUGAAUUAGUUGCUUUUAUCUCAUAUGCCCUUGCAUUCCCGAAGAAUUUUUUGGCUCUUGUGGACACUUAUGAUGUUAUGCGAAGUGGCAUUCCUAAUUUCUGUGCAGUUUCUCUAGCUCUAUAUGACUUAGGUUAUAAGGCAUUAGGUGUUAGAUUGGAUUCCGGAGAUCUUGCCUACCUGUCAUGUGAAAGUAGGAAAUUCUUUCAGGCUAUAGAGAAGGAAUUCAAGGUCACUGAUUUUGGGAAGACAGGCAUUACAGCAAGCAACGAUCUCAACGAAGAAACUUUGGAUGCCUUAAAUAAACAGGGUCAUGAAAUUGAUGCGUUUGGAAUCGGAACUCAUUUGGUAACAUGCUACGCUCAACCUGCCCUUGGUGUUGUAUUCAAGUUGGUUGAAAUAAACAACCAGCCUCGCAUCAAGCUCUCUGAAGAUGUUUCAAAGGUCUCUAUUCCAUGCAAAAAGAGGUGCUACAGAUUAUAUGGGAAGGAAGGUUAUCCUCUUGUGGACAUUAUGACUGGGGAAAAUGAACCACCCCCGAAGGUGGGUGUACGGAUAUUGUGUCGUCAUCCAUUCAAUGAAUCCAAGAGAGCAUACGUGGUUCCACAGCGUGUAGAGGAGCUGUUGAAGUGUUUUUGGCCUGGUAGAUCAGGAAUAUAUACAGAAGAAUUACUGCCUCUUAAAGCAAUUAGAGAACGGUGCAUCAACCAACUAGGCCAAAUGCGAUCUGAUCACAUGAGGAGGUUGAACCCGACACCAUACAAGGUUAGUGUGAGUGCAAAACUAUAUGACUUCAUACAUUUCCUGUGGCUGAACGAAGCGCCCGUGGGAGAGUUGCAAUGAUUAUUGCAAUGCCUCAACUCACCAUAUUUUUACAUUCACAAAGUGGGAAAUCGAAGCAGAUAUGCCUUUCUUUCAUUUUUGUAUGUAUGUAAAUCUGGUUGUGUGUUGUAAUUGCUGCAGCAGAAGUUGCAAAUAUGAUGCAUGUUCUUUAUAUUCCUGUCGGUAUGAACAAAUCAAAUUCCUCAAUAAAAUUGGUUGACUUGCAUUCC